AUGAAUUCAGUAGUAGAGUUUGAAGGAGCUAAAUAUGUAAUAUUUCAGGAUAACAAUGGUCAAGCUUGCAAACCUCAGUCCCCUUUGCAAGAUGAUGAAGAAGAGACACAAGUUGAUGGCUCAGAUGGAUUACCAGAAGCUGCAAAAAAGAAGAAGAAGAAACGAACAAAGAAAAAGAAGGAACCUAUUGGACAGACCGAUUCUCCAAGUCUGAGGCAAUCAGCUACCCAGACUAAUCCACCAUCAAUUCCAGUGGAUGAGCUAUUUCCCUCUGGUGACUUCCCAGAAGGUGAAAUUCAACAAUACAAGGAUGAUAACUUAUGGAGGUCAACUUCUGAAGAAAAGAGAGAGCUGGAGCGCCUAGAAAAACCCAUCUACAAUUCAGUGCGCCGAGCAGCAGAAGUUCACCGACAGGUUCGGAAAUACAUGAGGAGUAUUAUUAAGCCUGGAAUGCUAAUGAUUGACAUGUGUGAAACUUUGGAAAAUAUGGUUCGGAAACUAAUAAAAGAGAAUGGUCUUGAUGCUGGCAUUGCGUUUCCAACAGGAUGCUCUUUAAACUGGGUCGCAGCACACUGGACGCCUAAUUCUGGUGAUAAAACUGUGCUUCAAUAUGAUGAUGUGAUGAAGUUAGAUUUUGGAACACAAGUUGAUGGGCAUAUAAUUGAUUGUGCAUUUACAGUGGCAUUCAAUCCCAUGUUUGACCCGUUGCUGGAGGCUUCACGUGAAGCUACAAAUACUGGAAUUAAGGAAUCUGGAAUAGAUGUGCGACUCUGUGAUGUUGGUGCUGCAAUCCAAGAGGUUAUGGAAUCAUAUGAGGUUGAAAUUAAUGGGAAAGUGUUCCAAGUUAAAAGUAUUCGGAAUUUGAAUGGACAUAGCAUAGGGCCUUACCAAAUACAUGCUGGAAAGUCUGUUCCAAUUGUAAAAGGUGGUGAGCAGACAAAGAUGGAGGAGGGUGAAUUUUUUGCUAUUGAGACUUUUGGUUCAACAGGCAAAGGAUAUGUUAGGGAAGACCUUGAGUGCAGCCAUUACAUGAAGAACUUUGAUGCUGGCCAUGUACCAUUAAGGUUGCCUCGAGCUAAGCAACUACUUGGAACAAUUAACAAACACUUUUCGACUUUGGCCUUUUGCCGGCGUUACCUAGACCGCGUUGGAGAGACAAAGUACUUAAUGGCGCUAAAGAACUUGUGCGAUGCUGGCAUUGUUCAGCCGUAUCCUCCAUUGUGCGAUGUAAAAGGAAGCUAUGUUUCUCAGUUUGAGCACACGAUUUUGCUCCGGCCAACUUCCAAGGAGGUUAUCUCCAGAGGUGAUGACUAUUGAGUGGUUUCUGAAGUUCUUCCACAUUCAAAUGUUUUGCAAUCUCCAAUGCUGCAAUGCAUCAAUCAACACAGCAUCAUAGCUUUUGUACACAUGCGGUAUGAGCCACAAAUUGUAGCAUCAGGAACAUAUGGGUUAUGAGUUUGAUGUUCUACUUUGCAUACAUAAGUCAGCUUGUAUUUUGAUCUUAGACAAAUACUUCUAAAUAGUUUAUAGGGCUUUAUUUCGCUUGAUCUCAAGAAAUAUGAGAAACAUGGUUCAAGGAGGAUUAUGCUGUAAUCCCUGCUUCGUUCUAUUUUAAUAAAAGAACUUUAAGCCAUAUAUACA